AUGGCCACCAUGGACGAAGGAACGGAGACUGUGGGUAUCGUGAAUCCCGGACGGCGUCUAGUGCUCUGUUUCGAUGGCACCGGGAAUCACUUCAACGGCAAUGAAUCGGACUCCAACGUGGUGAAGCUCUACCAGAUGCUGAACCGACACGACAAGCGGCAGUUUCACUACUACCAGCCCGGUAUUGGGACAUUUGAUGUGAACAUGUCCAGCGGGAUCACACUGUUCGGACGUAUACGGUCCAAGAUCAGUGAGAUCAUCGACAAGGCCAUAGGGACAUCAUUUGAAUACCACGUCUCCAGCGGCUACCGGUUCCUGAUGCGUUACUACGAGCCAGGAGACGACAUCUACAUAUUUGGCUUCUCACGCGGCGCCUACACGGCUCGUUUCCUGGCCGAGAUGAUCGAGCACGUCGGUCUUUUGUCCAUGGGAAACGAGGACAUGAUCCGAUUUGUGUACGGUGCGUUCAGCAAAUGGCAAUGCAUCAGGGGCAAGGAAAAGAAGACGCCCAGGGAUGUGGAAGUCGAGGAUUAUCUGCAGAAGCUGAAGGUGACCUUUUGCCGUAAGGAGGUCGAUGUCUUCUUCCUAGGCCUGUUCGACUGCGUCAACAGCGUCGCCACACUCGAGAUUCCUUUCUCAAAUAAAGCAUACAGAUACUGCGCACCGUCACCUGCCAAACAUGUCCGCCAUGCCCUGUCUAUCCACGAGCGGCGUCUGAAGUUCAAACCGGCCCUGUUCACCUUUGAAUCCGAGGACACGACGGCCACGGUCAAGGAGGUCUGGUUCGCAGGAAACCACUCUGACGUGGGCGGCGGCUUUGCCUACGAGAACAACUCUCGCUUCCUCCUCUCCGACAUCCCGCUGGCGUGGAUGCUGGAGGAAGCCAUGUCGGUGACGGACGGCCCAGCGGGGCCCCUGACCUUUGACGACCGGCAGCCCGAAGCCCUGAACUGCCUCAAGACCAUCGAGGGCAUCCUCCAGUCCCGCGCAGAGCCCAACAGCAACCAGGCCGGUGCCUCGGGCGUGGUUCCGGACGGCGAGGUCGUCGACUUCCAGCACCAUGACUCCCUCAUCAUCGGCCGAGGCGCAGGCUGGCAUAUGACCAUCAUCUGGUGGUUCAUGGGUAUGUUCUACUGCAUCCUGUCUAGGUCGUGUCUACAAGCUAACGAGAUAGAACUGCUGCCGGUCUUCACCCGCCUCGAGCUGGAAGACCACCAGUGGAAGCCACGGUACUGGCCGCCCAACUGCGGUGCCCACAGAGACAUCCCGACCGAGGCGACGCUGCAUCACACCGUCGAGCAGAUGCACAAGGCCGGCAUACUGAAGAAGAUGCCCAAGCUGGGCGGCGACAAGGCGCCACUGCUGAACGACCCCCUUAUCGUUGCCCGCUAUAUAGGCAAGGCCCUUGCCUUCUGGAGGUGA